AUGGCUCAUGACUUUUAUGUUACCUAUGCAAAGAAAGUAGGAUUUGCAACUAAGAUAAUGACGAUAACAUAUGACAAGAUCACAAAGGCUCCCAUUAACCAAGCUAUACACUGUAAUCGCGAUGGGUACCACGGGUCUCGUGUCAAAGCACCGUCGCGGAAGAAUACGAUUUCAGCUGCUGGGUGCAAGGCAAGGAUAUAUGUCAAGUUUGAUAAAGACAUCAAAGUUAAUGCAGAUGUCAGGGGGAUGAUGAGCUACUUCAUGAGAAUGAAGGACAUCAAUCCGAACUUCUUUUACGCAGUGAAGUUGGACGAGGAGUGUAAAUUUAAGGGUGCAGUAUGGGUGAAUGCAAGAUGUAGGGCGUCGUAUGAAUACUACGGGGACGUUGUGUCAGUUGAUAGCACCUACAAUACAAACAGGCAUGGAUUACCGUUUGUGUCGUUCGUUGGGGUCAACCACUAUGGUAAAUCAACCCUCCUUGGUUGUGCUUUGUCGGAGAAUGAGGAAAUCCCAAACCUGUAUGAUGACCGACGCAUGUGGGUCCCCAUAUACUUCAAGGGUGAAUUUUGGGCAGCUAUGAGGAGUACGCAAAGGAGUGAGAGCAUGUACGCAUUCUACGGUGGAUUCUUACACAAUAGAACUAGCUUGGUUCAAUUUGUUCAUGAAUAUAACAAUGUGCUUGAAGUCAAGGAACGGAGGGAAUUGGAGGAUGAUGCUGCAAACUCGAGAAAGGUUAUCCCUUGUGCAACGAGCUCACCUAUGGAGAAUCAGUUUCAGCAAGAGUACACUACGAGCAUGUUUAGAAGUUCUAAACAUGCUCGUAGUGUACUCUUGCUGAAACUGAUUCUCCAUAGGUGA